AGAACGUCAUCGACUCGGCUCCGCCCCCAAGGCGUCCAACGGGUUGACAGGACGCCCUAGGCUACUUUCAUGAAUUCUGGAAAAGGGUGACUUGGACAUCCACCUUUCUAAUGAGAUUACCUGAGAAUUUGGGGGCUCCUGCUAUAGGUCCCGAAGCUCUUCCUGAGAGUAAUAGAUGAGGAACUUCCGGCCUCCUAACGCUGGGGGGCACUGUGAUCUCUCAGUGGCCUCUUGGCGAUCGGAACACACAGCGCAAGCGCAGUAUCGGCUUUUUAGCCGGCUUCACACGUGUGAACCUGGUGGGCAAUUUUUUCGGCCAAAAUGCCCAAAUUCAAGGUGACACGUGGGGCCAGCAAUCGGGAGAAGCAUGCACCUCUGGCCGAGCAGAUCCUGGCUGGGAACGCAGUGCGCGCGGGGACCCGAGAAAAACGGCGGGGGCGUGAGGUCGAAGAGGAGGAAGAGUAUGUGGGACCCCGGCUAAGCAGACGGAUUUUGCAGCAAGCCAGACAACAGCAGGAGGAGCUCGAAACUGACCAUGGGGCUGGUGAUCGGUCAGCACCACCGCGAGAGCGCGCCACGCGGCUGGGGCCGGGAUUGCCACAGGAUGGAUCAGAUGAGGAGGAUGAGGAGUGGCCUACCCUGGAGAAGGCAGCCAAAAUGGCCGGGGUGGACCACCAGGCAGAGGUGAUCGUGGACCCUGAAGAUGAGCGUGCCAUUGAAAUGUUCAUGAACAAGAAUCCUCCCGUGAGGCGCACCCUGGCUGAUAUCAUCAUGGAGAAGUUGACGGAGAAGCAGACAGAGGUGGAGACUGUCAUGUCAGAGGUAUCGGGCUUCCCUAUGCCUCAGCUGGAUCCCCGGGUCCUGGAAGUUUACCGAGGAGUCCGGGAGGUGUUAUGUAAGUACCGCAGUGGGAAACUGCCCAAGGCUUUUAAGGUCAUCCCUGCACUGUCCAACUGGGAGCAGAUCCUCUAUGUCACUGAGCCUGAGGCCUGGACUGCAGCCGCCAUGUAUCAAGCCACCAGGAUUUUUGCCUCUAACUUGAAGGAGCGCAUGGCUCAGCGCUUCUACAACCUUGUCCUGCUUCCCCGAGUGCGAGAUGACAUUGCUGAAUACAAACGACUCAACUUUCACCUCUACAUGGCGCUCAAGAAGGCCCUGUUCAAGCCUGGAGCCUGGUUCAAAGGAAUCCUGAUCCCACUGUGUGAGUCCGGCACCUGUACCCUCCGUGAAGCCAUCAUCGUGGGCAGCAUCAUCACCAAGUGCUCCAUCCCCGUGCUGCACUCCAGUGCGGCCAUGCUGAAGAUCGCAGAAAUGGAAUACAGCGGUGCCAACAGCAUCUUCCUGCGCCUGCUGCUGGAUAAGAAGUACGCAUUGCCCUACCGCGUGCUCGACGCUCUGGUCUUCCACUUUCUGGCCUUCCGGACGGAAAAGCGCCAGCUGCCUGUCCUCUGGCACCAGUGCCUGCUGACACUAGCGCAGCGCUAUAAGGCUGACCUGGCCACAGAGCAGAAGGAGGCCCUCCUGGAGCUGCUUCGGCUGCAGCCCCACCCGCAGCUGUCCCCUGAGAUCAGGCGUGAGCUUCAGAGCGCUGUCCCCAGAGACGUGGAGGAUGGUGGUGUCACCAUGGAAUGAGAACAGUCACCUGUGUUGGCCCAGGGGGCGCAGGACCACCCCAGGACCCCAGCUGGUAUAGUUAAAGACCUAGGUCAAGACACUGAAGGGCUACUAUGGCUGCCGUGGCCUAAUCCUGGGCAGGGAGGACUGCAUCUGGUUGGCUUUCUCUGCCAUUUUAGGCUUUGGUCCCUGCUCACUUCUGGAAGCUAACCGGAGUUACCUCAGUUCGGUUCAGCGACCCCACAACCCACCUGGCAGUUGGUAUAAGGUCUGCUCUCUCCAGAUACUGUGUAAGCUCGCUGGGGUGCGGAGAAAACAGGCAUUUAUUUAUCGCAGCUCUUGUGUUUUGGUCCCUGGAGGUCCCUGCCUCUCUCCCCUGUCACCCACGGGAGAGGUGGGAGUCACUGCUGGCUCCUCCCUGUCCCCAGCUCAGAAGAGCGGGUUCUUACUUCCCACAGAAACCUCACCCCACCUUAUUCUUCAAAGUUGUGUCUCUAGACUCUUGCUUCCUUUGUUCUUCACAGGAAAUGUAUGCACACGCGCCCCUGACUCCUACCAUGACGUACAGUCAGGGCCGACUCUAGGGAUGCCAGAUUCUGCUGCCAUGUUGGAAAGGUGUCUGUUGGAAAAGUGGCAGUGGUUCACUGUCAGGGAAGACUAUAUUGCAGGCCCUUGCUAGGGGACAGUGACACAACAGAAUCAGGAAAAAAUGGGAUUUCUUCCUAGCUAUCAAGCAACCAGAGCUUUAGGCUGGCUGAGACGCCAGGUCAGGUUCCUGUGUCUGCAUAACUAAUGAGCAAAGAAUACUGUCUGGUUUGGUUUUGGUUUUGGUUUUGGUUUUUUAAGACAGGGUUUCCCUGUGUAUCCCUGCCUGUCCUGGAACUCACUCUGUAGACCAGGCUGACCUUGAACUUGGCCACCCACCUGCCUGAUGGUUCAACUUUUUGAGGGCUAGGCUUACAAUCUUUGUAUUAUUUUAAUGGCCUGAGAAAAUCUGUAUGAAAUUUUAGUAGCAGCCAACCAUGGAUCUGUAAGUUUGAGGCCAGCCACUGCUGUGAAACACUACCUCACCAAAAACAACAACAAAAACCCUUAGACCAUUGCAUCACAGCUGACUGACUUGAAGUCACCUUGCUGUAUCACGUUCACUUUUGAAAACGUGUGUCUAUAACAAUCCAGUUUGUAUAUCUGAGAAGGUUUGGUCUGUUGAGUUCAUAUUUGCUUACACAGUAGAUCAUCUUGUAAACAUUAGGGAAAAGCAAAGAGAACAAACCUAGCCCAACCCAACCAAAUUACUCCCUGAGCUCACUCAAGCUCUCCCUCCCUUCCUCCCUCCCUCUUCCUCUCCUCUCCUCUCCCAUGCAGGGCUGCUCCUUUGCAGCACCACUGAGGAAGGGCCUGCCUCCCUGCUAGGGGAAGUGCUUCCAGCCACACCCUAACCCCAUUCAUCCGGUUUUGUUUUUUUAAUACAUUCUGAGCUUUGUGCCUCAGCAUCAGAUCCCUGAGACUGGAGUUUAAAAUGGUUAACUGCUGGGAAUUGAGUCCAGGCUCUCAGGAGUAGCCAGUGCUGUCGCUGAGCCAAAGUUCUGCACUAUGUAGCACAGGCUAGCCCUCUUCCUCUGUCUGCCCUGAGUGUGCUAAGGAAGCACCAUGCCUGAUGUCGUAUGAAUCUUAGGGUUCUGUGUAAGGGUCCAGCCCUGUCUCCCGAUGAGCCCUCUGGGUAAUGCUGGCUGCUCCUUAGCGCUGUAAUUCGUCCACAAGGAAAGCAGGCCAUGCUGCCUAGGCGGCACCUUUCUAACCCUUCCCAGGAAAAGUGCUCUGCCUAAGACAGCUGCCUGGUGCCCCCCAGCUCCCACAACCCCAGGGAUCACAAGAGCCACCUUUAUUCCGAAAUCUUUAUUAAGGCAGCAUGAUAGAAAUGGGCCACCAGCCCAAACCUUGUGGCCCGAGGAAAGACCUGUGACCCUAGGGCUUGCCCUCUCUCCAGAUAGCUCUGUCACCUCCACGGCAUCGAUCCAUCCCAACCUAACCCUGCUCUGAUGAAGAUGAGGUGGAGGGGUGAGGAGAGGAAGGCGUGACCCCCAUCCCAGGCUGUAGCAGCUCCUGGGCCACAAAGCAGUAGCAGAGGGGAAGAAGGGAGGGAAAGAGCAACCGCCAGGGUUACCACCACUUGUGGGGUACAGGCCUCACUGUACCCUCUUACAGUUGUAUUCAAAGCAAUAAAUUAAAAUGACCACGGC